GCACAGCUAGCCGUUGAUUAUCCCUUACUUAACCCAUUCAAAUGAACUCAUAAACCCUAAAGCAGAUUGCCUUUCUGUCAUUAUCAGAUGCGUGUGAGUUUAAUGCGUCUCUUUCCCGCUUACGUUUCUGUCCCUGUAAAUGUUGGAAAGUAUUUCAAUUUUGUACAAAGACUCGAUCGUCCUGACAUCAAGCAAGACUCCAUUAGACUUCAUUCCGUUAAACUAGACAGCAUAGAAGAAGCGCCGGCGCGCACAAACAGACGGAGCACAAUAAUUUUAACUAAAUACAGGCUACAUUUUGCUAAAGUAUUUUAGAUCCAAAAGUUCUCCCUUUUACAGCACCAUAAACUGCAGUACGAAGAGUGUAUUGCAGCCUGUUGCAGCAUGACCAAAAUUUUAAGACAGAACUAUAGUGUUCAGUAGCCUAAUUAAAAAUAAUAAAAAAAGCAAUUUUGUGUUGUUUUCCCCUCUGCUGUGCUGCACUGAAAACAUAAUGAACCGUGACCAAGCCAGUCUGUAGAGACCCAGCCUCUUACCUCAGGUGUGGAAAUGGAGAAAUUCUCUGUCACAGAGAAAAGGGACACAACUGGUACUGCAGAGGCCUCGAUGGUGCUUGUAGGUGCUCUGGAGUUCCUGGAGAGGCCUACGCUAGCGUUUGUGCGUCUACGGGAUGCUGUGGUGCUGGAGUCGGCUCUGGAAACUCCCGUACCUGUGCGGUUCAUCUUCAUCUUGAUUGGCCCAACCAGAACUGACAUGGACUAUCAUGAGUGUGGCCGAGCGAUGGCAGCACUACUUGCUGACAAAGUAUUUAACCAGGCAGCAUUCCAGGCUCAGAGUGACCGGGAGCUAACUGAUGCUGUGGGAGACUUCAUGGACUGCUGCAUUGUGAUUCCACCCACUGAGAUUCAGGACGAGUCCAUGCUAACAUCACUCAUCCCCUUCCAGAAGAAAUUACUGCAAGAGAGACUCCGUCCGUCUGACCCCAAACUCCGCCUGGAGGUCAAACCUCGCAAGCCUUCAAAAUCGUCAGGACCCCCUCCAGAAGAUCCACUAGCACGUACUGGUGUUCCAUUCGGUGGCAUGAUUAGAGACAUGAAGAGACGGUAUCAAUACUAUGUCAGUGACAUCACUGAUGCUCUGGACGCUCAAGUUGUUGCUGCUAUCAUCUUUAUUUACUUUGCUGCUCUAUCACCAGCCAUCACCUUCGGAGGUCUCCUUGCUGAUAAGGUGGAAAACAUGAUGGGUGUUUCAGAGCUGAUGAUCUCCACUUCAGUGCUGGGCAUUAUCUUCUGCCUGGUCGCUGCCCAACCUGUACUAGUUAUUGGCUUUUCUGGGCCACUGCUGGUGUUUGAAGAGGCCUUUUUUAAUUUCUGUAAGUCUCAGGGCAUUGAGUACAUCGUAGGCCGAGUGUGGGUUGGCGCUUGGCUGGUGGUCAUUGUUGUGGUCAUUGUUGCCUUUGAAGGAAGCUUCCUGGUCCGCUUCAUUUCCCGCUUCACUCAAGAGAUCUUCUCCAUCCUUAUCUCCCUCAUCUUCAUCUACGAGACCUUUGCCAAACUUGGCAGGGUUUUCAAAGAACACCCUCUUAUCCUGAAUUAUGAGCAUUUAAACACUACAGCUGAGGACCCUUGGCACACAGUUGUCAACUAUCAGAGACUCCUGGACAACGUUACAGGCAAUAUGUCUGUUGUGAGGUCCGUUACACACCGGCCUUAUCCCAACACAGCUCUUCUGUCCAUGUGUCUCAUGUUUGGCUGUUUCUCUAUUGCAUACUACUUACGCAUGUUCAAGAAUGGCAAAUUCCUGCCAGGCAAGAUUCGACGUUUGCUUGGUGACUUUGGAGUUCCCAUUGCAAUUUUCCUCAUGGUGGCUAUCGAUAUCAAUAUUGAGGAUGCAUACACUCAGAAACUGGUGGUGCCUAAGGGUCUUCAGGUGUCCAACCCUAAGAUGCGGGGAUGGUUAAUCAACCCUAUGGGUGAACACAAGCCCUUCCCCAUAUGGAUGAUGUUCGCCUCUGUUGUCCCAGCUAUGUUGGUCUUCAUCCUCAUCUUCCUAGAGUCUCAGAUUACCACACUAAUUGUGAGUAAACCAGAGAGAAAAAUGGUCAAGGGUUCUGGCUUCCACAUGGAUCUUCUCAUCCUGGUGAGCAUGGGAGGUCUGAGUGCCAUAUUUGGCAUUCCUUGGUUGAGUGCCGCAACUGUAAGAUCCGUAUCCCACGCCAAUGCCCUGACUGUCAUGAGCAAGGGCCCAAAACCUGAGAUUCAGAAGGUUCUGGAACAGAGAGUCAGUGGAGUAGUGGUGGCUUUGCUUGUUGGUCUGUCCAUUCUCAUGGAGCCCAUUUUAAAAAUGAUUCCUAUUACAGCUCUGUUUGGAAUCUUCCUCUACAUGGGAAUCACAUCCCUCAGUGGCAUUCAGCUUUGGGAUCGAAUGCUGCUCCUCCUUAUUCCCAAAAAGUAUCACCCAGAUGAACCUUAUGCUACAAAAGUCAGCACCAAUAGAAUGUAUGUUUUCACUGCUAUCCAGAUGGCGUGUCUGGCAGUCCUGUGGAUAGUGAAAUCGAGCCCUGUGUCACUGGCUCUACCAUUCGUCCUGAUACUCACCAUCCCUCUGCGCAUGUUCAUGACUGGACGACUUUUCACUGAGCAAGAGAUGAAAUAUCUUGACGGUGAUGAUGCCAAGGCAACAUUUGAAGAGGAGCCGGGAGUGGAUGUGUAUUCUGAAACACAGAUGCCGUUAUAGAUCAUUUUCAUGGAACCGAAGUCAUUUUUCACAAUCAAUUUAUUAGAGUGCAUCCAGCAUAUAAAAUUGUUUUGACCAUUUCAGCCCCCUUUUAUUGCAACUUUGACAAAAUUUAGGGAUUAAAUGGUAACACUUUAUUUUAGGGUCUCUUAACUAGUUGCUUAUUAGCAGGAAUUGAGGGAAAAGUCACAGUUAAUAGUGAAUUAGUGUUCCCUAUUCUAAAGUGUUACCGAUUAAGUUUUAUAAUUUUUGGUGUGUGUGUGUCUGUUAAUUGUUGUUAUAAUGGUCCGUUACAGUUCUUGCAAGUACUGACAUUGAUUAAGGUACUGUAUUAUGAAAAUGCACAUAGGACCAGCUCAUCAAAAAGAUAUGAUAUUGCUCUUGCAUUAUAAAGAAAUAAUUUUUAUGAAUACUUUGUGUUUUAGGAGGAGUACGUAGCCUAUAUUUACUUCCUUUUUUUUACUCCCUUCAUAUAAAGGUAUGGUGUUGUUGCCAAAUCUACAUCAAACACACGAUUAUUUCUUUUCCAUGUUACAGGCAAAUAAGACAAACAGCCAAUGUGACAUGAAUGUGAAAUAUUUAAAAUAUAUAUAAAAUAAAUUCUGAAAACAUAUGCCUGGUAGUUUGUUGUUUUGCUGUAUUAUCACCAUCAAAAAAUGAUGUAACAGCCUAUUGGAGCCUACAUUACCUUAACCUUUCAGACGCAGCUCAUCAUCCAC